GCCACCGUCGCGAGGUGAUAUCUUUCCCAUUGCAUUCUUUAAAAUAGAGACUACUGAUGGCUUCAUCUCUGGCCAAAGAUCCCCGUCGAGCUGAUAAAAUAGUGCCAUUUCACAUGCCGCCCGCAGUAGACGGUGAGGCCGAUGUGAAUGCCAAUAUAGCACUGUAUGCUGGUAUGGCAUCCAUCUUUAUUCGCAACCGAUUCAAGAUUGUUCCGUGGGUUGCUGCUUACUUUGGUGUUUCGUCGCUGCUCAAUUCCCGCAAGAGUGUAAAAAGCAAAGAUUCACCGGGUUUCACCGGCAUCAUGGUUGCAUUUAUCUCCCUUUUUACAUAUUAUCUCAAUAUUUACAUGGUGAAUAAGAAAACGCACGAAGCAGUUGCAGCUGGCGAGGCUGUUUUCAGUAAUUAAAAUAAGGCACGAUUUUUUUAAGCAUUUUGCAGAUGGCAAAAGUUGUUGGAUAUAUAUGAUCCAUGC